AUGGCGGCGCUCAGCAAGUCCAUCCCUCAUAACUGCUACGAGAUCGGCCACACUUGGCACCCUUCCUGCGGGGUGUCCUUCCUGCAGAUCACGGGGGGCGCCCUGGAGGAGUCCCUGCGGAUCUACAUCCCCCUGUACCUGAUUGCAGCAAUUCUCCGGAAACGAAAAUUAGACUAUUAUUUACACAGACUACUCCCCGAGAUCCUGCAAUCUGCUUCAUUUCUGACUGCUAAUGGGGCCUUGUAUAUGGCCUUCUUUUGCAUUUUAAGGAGGAUACUUGGAAAAUUCUACUCAUGGAGUCCUGGCUUUGGUGCCGCUUUGCCAGCAUCUUAUGUGGCCAUUCUAAUUGAAAGAAAAAGCAGGAGAGGGCUACUCACAAUUUAUAUGGCCAACUUGGCCACAGAAACAUUAUUUAGAAUGGGCGUAGCAAGAGGAACCAUCACAACCUUAAGAAAUGGAGAAGUCCUUUUGUUCUGCAUCACAGCUGCCAUGUACAUGUUCUUUUUCAGGUGCAAAGAUGGUUUGAAAGGAUUCACAUUCUCCGCACUUAGGUUCAUUGUAGGGAAGGAAGAAAUUCCCACACAUUCUUAUUCACCAGAGAUAGCAUACGCAAAAGUGGAACAAAAGACAGAGAAACAGGAGGAAAAAUCUCGAGGAAUGAAUAUAAUUGCUCUAGUCAGGAAGCUUGUGGAUUCAAUAUGUAAGCAUGGACCAAGGCAUAGAUGUUGCAAACACUAUGAAGAUAAUUGCAUCUCUUAUUGCAUUAAAGGUUUCAUCAGAAUGUUUAGCGUGGGAUACUUGAUCCAGUGCUGCCUCCGAAUUCCCUCUGCAUUUAGGCAUCUGUUUACAAAGCCAUCAAGGCUGCUUUCUCUCUUCUACAAUAAAGAAAAUUUUCAGCUUGGAGCUUUUCUGGGCUCUUUUGUUAGUAUAUACAAGGGUACUAGUUGCUUCCUGCGCUGGGUCAGAAACCUGGAUGAUGAACUGCAUGCUAUUAUAGCUGGGUUUUUGGCAGGAGUAUCAAUGAUGUUUUAUAAAAGCACAACAAUUUCCAUGUAUUUAGCUUCAAAAUUGGUGGAGACAAUGUAUUUCAAAGGCAUUGAAGCAGGCAAAGUUCCCUAUUUCCCCCAUGCAGACACUAUCAUCUAUUCCAUCUCUACAGCAAUUUGCUUCCAGGCAGCCGUCAUGGAAGUUCAGAAUCUGCGACCAUCAUACUGGAAGUUCCUUUUAAGGCUCACCAAGGGCAGAUUUGCUGUCAUGAACCGAAAAGUCCUUGAUGUUUUUGGUACUGGUGCAUCUAAACACUUUCAGGAUUUUAUCCCUAGGUUGGACCCAAGAUACACGACUGUAACACCAGAGUUGCCCAUCGAGUUUUCUUGA